AUAUCCCAUAAGCAAAAUUGCAACCGCAGCAGCAAUUAGGUGACAAGGUAACAACUCAAACAAAAGAAAAAGAAAACACUUGAAACAAAAGCAAACUGUUUCCUUCCUUCUCACUCUAAGAAGAUAUCAAUGCCCAAGGGGCACCAUCAGAUUAACAACUCUGCAUCAUCAAAAACCCCCCCACUGCAAAUGCCCUGUAAAAGAGGAUGUGCUGGUAGCUGUGCUACUGCUGAAAGAAACAAUGCCCCCAGAAGUGCCUCAUUGCCGUCCUCUUGUAACUCUGGUUCAAUUUUCUCCUCAACAGAAUCUACCAAUUGAUUACAAAUAUUUCAAAGGAAGGAAAAAGAUGAACAUCCCCAUAAAGAAACUUCUCCCUGCACUUGUCCUGAUCCUCUCAAGCUUCUCCAUCAUUAGAUUUCUUUUAAUCACCAUCACUACUUCAUCCAGCUCCACUCGGCUCCCUACUUUUUCCACUUUUUUUCAGCACACUCCAUCACAUGAGCCGGGCUCCUCAACAAAACAACCAAAAGCCAUCACAGAAAAGGAAUUUCAUCUCCUAUCAAAUCUUGUUGCUCAAAAAUCCCCCUGCAACCUCCUCAUUUUUGGGCUUGAACCCAAAUACCUGUACCUCUCACAGAUCAAUGCAGGCGGCACCACCGUCUUUCUAGAGGACGAUAUCGGCAAGCUAGACAAAAUCAAAGCCAAUUCAAACAGCACCAAAACAUACAAGGUUGAAUACCAAACACCUGCAAAAGAGGCUUACAAGCUGCUCAAGCAUGCCAGACAGAACCCGGCCUGUGAACCCGGCUCCGGACCGAUUCAAGCAUCAAAAUGCAGGCUUGCAUUGAGAAACUUACCACAAGAAGUGUACCAGCAAAAGUGGGAUGUGAUAGUGGUGGAUGGGCCAAGCGGAGAUACACCAGAGGCACCAGGUAGGAUGGCAACAAUCUAUAGUGCUAGUAUAAUUGCAAGAGCUGGAAAUACAACAGAUGUAGCCAUUCAUGACGUCCAUCGAAUGAUUGAAAAGUGGUUUUCUUGGGAGUUUCUGUGUGACGAGAACCUGGUUUCUUCCAAAGGGAAUCUGUGGAUUUUCAGGAUUAGGGGUCAAUUAAAUUCUACUACAUUUUGCUCUGCUAGACCUGUUGUGAUAGAGUAGCAGCAUUCUUUUUUCUCAGAGGUGCGAGUAUAAAGUAACGAUAUACAUUUAAUUUUUAUUUUUUUUU